GAAUGAGUCUAUAUAAAGUGCUUGCGGGUUUCGCUUUCCUCUGAAACAUUCUAUUCUAAUCUGCACAGAAAAAGCAAAGGUCAUUCUCGAUAGGGCGAAAUGGUUCGUACAGAGAAGAGCUGCUGUUCUGCAAAGCCUACCAUGCGGCCGCUUGUUCGCGUUUAUCCUGCGGAUACAUGUUGGAGCGAGUUUGUUGCUGGCUAAAAAUCCAGAGAUUUAAAAUGCCUCCGUGUACUGUGGCCAGCCCGUUCACCUCACCCUUUAAACCCCCAAACAUUCUUGUCAAUAGUUGCUAUCCCUUUGGACCUGGAAUGGCGAAACUCCCACCUCCUGUACCAGUCAGCUCCACCCCUGCUGGCACAUUUCCAGUUCUUCGACAUAUGUUCAAGCUCAUUAUGGUCUGGUUGCGAAGAUUUUUAUACUUUUGGAAACCUUUCCUUACAAACCUGGUAAAGGCUGUGUUGAUGGGCAUUGCCAGAAGGGCAUUGCCCAUCUUAGAGAAGAUGAAAUACUUAAAGAAGGCCAGAGAACUUAAAAGAAAUGAAAACUAUACUGAGAAGAUGAUGGAGGAAGACAACUGUCAAGAACAUCAUUCUUUGAAGAGUUAUAUAAACUAUCUUUUGGAGGGAAGCUUGGUUAUAGAUGACUCUCUUGGGGAAGACAUUGAACAAGUUUUGAUUCAUUCAAGCAGCAUUACAGUGAAUAACAUACAUUUGGAAGAGGAAGGGAUUUCUGAGCUGUGUUUAAUAAGUCCUACGAUAGUAUUUGAUCUGAUAAAUAAUUGGCAAGCUUCUUCAGGAAAGGACAUAGAAUGUGUGACUAUAAAAAGUUCUGAGCAUGACUCCCCAAAGUUGUUGGAAGAUACUUACAAUCCUGAAAUCUUUGAAGAAGAGUUGGACCUCUCUGGGUGUUUGAAAAAUACUUCAAACUGCUUAAAUCCUAUUGGACAAUUAAAUUUUAAUAAGUGCCUUGAUCAAAUUUUGGAAACCACCAUAGUUCCCCAGGAACUGGAGAAGAACACUAAAUCUAACCAAGAUCCUCUGAUAUGUGGAAAACAAAACUUAAUAUGUUCACUUGGUUCUUCAACUGAUGAGGAACAGCCAGAAAUGAAGCAAAAGAAUGGAAAGAAUGAAGAUACAUUCAACAUGGAAUCUUCUACGGACCCCAAUAGCUUCCAAAGUUCCCUGGUACUUUCCUUAUUCUACAGUCCAGUAGAAGAUGAAGAAGAUGACAAUGAUGACAGUUCAGAAGACUGGUGGAGUGAGGAUGGGAUGGAAGAGAGUAGUAAGACCCAAACUUGCUCUGAUGGCAAUAAUUCAGGAGACAUAGAAAAUUAUCAGGAAGUAGAAGAGGAGGACUCUGUACAGCAGAUUGUUUUUGAGAAUCUCUGUGGAGUUCUAUCCAUGAACAGUGAUCCCUUCCACCCACGUUGCUUUUCCAAACCCGUUCAGGACCUCACAGACUUUGCUUCACUGAAGCCCAAGAACCAUCAAGAAACUAUUGUCUUUUCUCAUCGGACACAAACCAGUUCUAAACUUGAAGAAUCAUGUAAUCUACCAAAGCAGCCAUUGCCCAAAGAAGACCAAAAAGUUGAAAGAAAUCAAGAGACCUACCUAUGCUGCCAACCAAGUGCCAGGAAAAACACUUCUCUCCCUGAAGAAAUCGUUUCACAGCAGGAAAUCCAAGUGAAAAAGAAGGUCCAAUUUUCCCCAGUGGUCACUGUCCACCCACUAGUAGUCUGGGAUUACGCGUCUCGGGCUGCCCGUCGGGGCCCAUGGGAGGAAAUGGCUCGUGAUCGCUGCCGCUUUCACCGAAGAAUCACUCAAAUGGCAGCCAUCUUGGAGCCUUGCUUCACGGAGGAUCAUCGGGACAAAGUUUGGAAGAAGAUCCAUGGAGUUUCCAAAUCUGUUCUGGAAGAAGCCGCUGACAACAUUCCCCUUGGUUCCAGUUCCACCAGAAGAGAGGAAUUGGGAUUCCAGAGUUAGGAAUGAAAAGCCUCUUUCAGAAAAAAAUAACAACUGAUUGACACAUAGAAGUUGAGGAUUCUGGGGGAAUUCUGGUCUGGGUUUUCCAUCACUAAAAGAAGAACAUCAUUGCUUUUGCUCUUCUUCUGUUUGGUAUUUUAAAGUGUGGUGUGAAUUAGAACCUCAUUGUUCAUAUGUUUCAAGCAAUUUCAAACUGGUGACUGGUGAUAUAGUGUAGUAAGGUUGAGUCUGGGCUAAAACAUUAUGGAUGAGAUAAGAAUGUGGUUGACUAUAUGAAGGAGUAACAUGAAUAAAAAUAUCAAGGCAUUUGUUUUCUGAAUAAAUACAAUACUAGGUGGCUACUACUACUACCUCUUUUGAUUGGGAAAGUCAUGAAACUUCAAUAAUUUUGUUUAUACACUGACGUGCACAUUUAUUUAUUAAGAUUAAAGAAAAUAUACAUU